AGCCUGUACCAGAGAUUGUGACUGCAUAGUUGAACUCGACCAGAGCACGGCUAGGAGAUCGCCUCCCGUCGAGCCGAAGUUCGAGAAUCCCCACCCACCAACCCUGAUCUACGCUUCGAUCGCUUCGAUCGGGCGAUGGGCGAAUCGACCCAUGCACACUCCCAUGGGAAGGGGCCGACCCAAAAAUUCCCUGCAUAGAUUACCUACCCUGCUCGUCAUGUCUCCGCAAUAAAGUCAAUUUGACCUCGACGCCCCCAAAGACUGGGUGAACGAUGAAAGAAUGACGACGCGGGGUUCGGUGACGCGCUCUGACAUCAAACGCAGCUGGGUGCAUUCGAAGGUAUAAGUAUACCAUGGUUGAACCGAGGCAAUCGUUCAUGUCCAACGCAACCCAAACUUCAUAUCUCAAUAACUAUAUUCUCCAUUCCCCACAACAAUUUAUCACCAUGUCCUCCGCUGAAGACAGAGUCAACGCCAUGCGUGGCUACAAGGCCACCACCAACAACCCCAGAGUCUCCGAUGAGGCCAAGCAGAAUGCCCAGUCCAUGCUCGACCAGCUCGGCGGCUCGCAGCCCUCGGACGAGUUGCACGACCUUCGCGGUGACAACCAGAAGGACCCCAACCGCGUCGCGGGUGGACUCAAAGCCGCGCAGAACAACCCCGGUGUGUCGCAGCAGGGCAAGGAGGCCGCCGCGCAGAAACUGAACCAGAUGGGCGGUCCGGAUGAGUAAAGGCUUUUUCUCGAGCGUGGUAUGAUUAAUGUAUUAUGUAUGAUUGACUUUGUACUAUUAUGAUGGAAUAUAUUUGACUCUUG